AUGCCUGCGUUCACUUCCAAAUCGCGGAACCCGAACAAGCUUGUGUCCGCCGUGCGCCGCCGACCAUUCGUGUUUUUCGGGCUCCCCUUCCUCUCCCUAGUAGUCGCCAGCUCGUACGCCUUGCAGACGUUUACGAGCACGCGUUACGAGCUCAACGACCAGAAGGUAUCGGCAGUUAGCAAGGAGGAUGAAUUGGGCAUGAGCAAGGACCGGAAGAAGGUGGACAUCCGGGAGGAGUACUAUAACUUCUUCGACACGACGAGCCAAGACGAUUAUGAGCCCGUUCGUGUCCCCCGUCCAGUGGGCAUGCCUGAGUGGGGCGCGGCGCCGUCAAGUGGGGACGCGCCUGUCAAGGGGGCGCGCGCGGAGGAUCGUUGGGUCUAA